AUGGGCAACUAUUUGGUUCUCUCCAAGGAGGACAAAGUGCUGAGGGUUUUGAAGACAGAUGGGAAGGUUUUAGAAUUCAGGGCGCCAACCCUAGUUAAGGACAUUUUAUCAAACUUUUCAGGCGUCGGUAUUAGUUUAUCAAAGCAAGCUUCGGAGCAGCUUUCUCCUGAUUACAAAUUGAAGCUCGGGAAGGUUUAUUAUAUGAUUCCCCUUCCGAGUUCUGCAGAAAAUGACAGUGCUGCUACAAGAAGGAUUAAGAUCGUCGUCACAAAGCAACGGCUUCAGGAGCUACUGACUAAGCAAAUAUCAGUGGAGGAGGUACUUUCAGCUUCAGGGCCUGAAAAGAAAGCUUCUUCUUCUUGUGUUGAUUCUUCAAAAAUUUGGAAACCGAAGCUCAAAUCCAUUACCGAAGGAAUCGAGUAA